AACGUAAGCAACCAAAAUGGUCUCUCUGUCUCUCAUUAAAAAUUCUCCCAAGAAGCCGAGUUACUUGUUCAACUCGAAAAUGGGAGCUCUGCGCCCAAAAUUUGAUCUCAACCCAACCUAUCUCUCUUCAAUCUCUUCAAAACUACCAAAACCCAGUUCAGUUCUGCUGUACUCGCAUCAAUUUCCAUUGUCGAAUCAUCAUAUUCUCAGAAAAUGCAGAGUAUCUAUCCCUCAAAUUUCAAAGUGUGAUACACAAAUUAGCUGUGAAGAGUUGGCUAGAGAUAAUAAAAAAUUGACAGAUGAUAAACAUGUGAUUAGAUCGAUUGCAAGAGGAGUUGUCAGUUUGGCUGCUGCAGCAGCGGUGGCUGCAAUUUCCAUUUCCUGCGACUCUCCUCCGCCGGCUCUUGCGGAGUCUUUAACGGUUGCAUUUCCUGCUUCUCGUGCUCCUGAGGUGAAUACAGUUCAGAGAACUCUUGUGGAAGCUUGGGGUUUGAUUAGAGAGACCUUUGUUGAUCCCACUUUUAAUCAUCAAGACUGGGAUUUGAAGCUGCAACAAACAAUGGUUGAGAUGUUUCCACUUAGAUCAGCAGAUGCAGCAUAUAACAAAAUCCGUGGAAUGCUUUCCACACUUGGAGAUCCCUUUACUCGGAUUGUCAGCCCAAAGGAAUACCAGAGUUUUAGGAUUGGCAGUGAUGGAAAUUUGCAAGGAGUUGGCCUGUUCAUAAAUGUAGAACCGAAGAGUGGGCAUUUGGUUGUUAUGUCUUGCGUAGAUGGCAGUCCAGCUGCUCGUGCUGGUAUACAUGAAGGGGAUGAAUUAGUUGAGAUCAAUGGAGAGAAGCUGGAUGGUAUUGAUAGUGAAACAGCAGCACAGAAACUGAGAGGGCGUGUUGGAACAAGUGUCACUGUCAAACUCCACAAUGAUAAUGAUUGGGAAAGCAAUUCUGGUUUGAGAGAGGUCAAUAUAACUCGGGAGAUCAUUAAGCUUUCCCCUAUAUCCAGCUCGAUCAUCCCUCAUACAACUCCAGAUGGCCAUCUAUUGAAGACUGGAUAUGUAAAGCUGUUAGCAUUCUCCCAGACUGCUGCUGUUGAUAUGGAAAACACGAUUCAUGAUAUGGAGAACCAAGGUGUACAAUCAUACAUACUGGACCUGAGGAAUAAUCCAGGAGGUUUAGUGAAAGCAGGACUUGAUGUUGCCCAAAUGUGGCUAGAUGGAAAUGAGACUCUUGUAAACACAAUUGAUAGGGAUGGUAAUAUGGCACCUAUCAACAUGGCCAAUGGCCAUGCCAUAACACAUGAUCCGCUUGUUGUGCUUGUGAAUGAAGGAAGUGCAAGUGCAAGUGAGAUUUUGGCAGGAGCACUACAUGACAAUGGCCGAGCUGUCCUUGUUGGGCACAAAACCUUCGGGAAAGGAAAAAUUCAGAGUGUUACAGAGCUGCAUGAUGGGUCAGCUCUAUUUGUCACCGUUGCAAAGUAUUUAUCACCAGCACUUCAUGACAUAGAUCAGGUUGGCAUAACGCCUGAUGUACAGUGCACAACUGAAAUGCUCAACUCACCACAAAAGAGUAAGAGCAUGGCCUCACCUUUGGAAGCAGAUACAUGUAUCAUGGUAGCAGAGCAUGAGUUGGACAUUCAGAAGUCCAAAGGUGCUGCCUCGUAAAAGCCAUUUGACUUUGUACUGUAGGUUUUUUUUUUUUUUAUU